AUGGAUGGAAAUUUAAAAUUCGUUCAGAUGAAAGUUGAAGAAUUUUCUUUAAACAUUUCUCGAAGGGAACAAGUAAGGACUACGAAAAAGUUCACGACUGGGCCAUAUUCUUCUGGUCAUAUCUUUCCAUUCGUUAAUUUAUUCAUCAAUACUGUUAAAAGCAAGUCAACUUGUGAUGUUGGUGAGAAUUCUAAGUAA